CUACACACAAACCUUGACAUCGGUCGAGCACGGCAGCUUCUACGACCUGACGAGGUCAUCACUGGAGCAGCGCUAGCUGACGAUCAGGAAAGGGCGAGCGUAGCCACAUCGGCUUUGCUGCGUAAAAUACCAAAACCCACUUGUUAAACGCGCCAUCGCAAAGUGCUCGAGUUGAACCAUGGCGACCGCUGUUGCAUCGACGUCGGCCUCCGGGCUUCCCCCGGCCACAGACGUCAAUGCGACAUGGAACUUUCUCGCAGAGGGGAUCGAGGUCAUGAUGACCCGGCUGCAGGAAGGCAUGUCUCACAAGCGUUAUAUGGAGCUCUACACCGUUGCGUACAAUUACUGCACGUCGUCAAGGAUGACACAGUCCUCUGCCGAUGGGAGCAGUAUGCGUUCUGGCGCGAAUCUCAUGGGUGCAGAUCUCUACCACAACCUCGUUCUUUACUUCCAACAUCACCUCAAGACCGUCCGAAAAGGCGCCGAGAAUCUUACAGAUGAAGCGUUGAUCAAGUACUAUGCGAGCGAAUGGGACCGGUAUACCGAAGGGGCAAAUUUCGUGCACAGGCUCUUCACCUAUCUCAACAGACAUUGGGUUCGGCGCGAGAAGGACGAGGGGAGGAAGAAUAUCUAUACCGUCUAUACUUUGGCGCUGACGCAAUGGCGGGAUCACAUGUUCAAGCAUGUGAAGUCCAAGGCGCGCCUCACUAAUGCUUUGCUCAAACAAAUUGAGCGGCAAAGGAACGGCGAUGUCAUUGAGACGAGCCUCAUCAAGAAGGUCGUCGAUAGCAUGGUAUCGCUGGGUUUGGAUGAAAACGAGUCAACGAAGCAGAACCUGGACGUGUACAGGGGCGAGUUCGAGAAGCAUUUCCUCCAGGCAACGCAGGUCUACUACAGCCAGGAAAGCGAUGCUUUCGUUGCGGAGAACAGCGUGGUGGAUUACAUGAAGAAAGCCGAGACGAGACUGAAGGAAGAGGAGGAUAGGGUGGAGCUAUACCUGCACCAGAGUACAAGGGCGAAACUCAUUGGCGCGUGUGAGACUGUCCUAGUCCGGGGUCACGCCCCAAUGCUGUGGGACGAAUUCCAGACGCUGCUUGAUGCAGACAAGAAGGAAGAUCUUUUCCGGACAUACUCGCUACUUUUCCGCAUCCCCGAGGGGCUGGAGCCGUUGCGAGAAAAGUUCGAAAUCAACGUCAAGAAGGCUGGGCAGGAGGCAGUCGCCAAAGUCGUUGGCACAGGGAGCGAAUCUGUCGAUCCUGUUCAAUAUGUCACCGCACUACUCGAUGUGCACGCACGCAGCCAUGCCCUCGUUCUCGCCUCCUUCCGCGGCGAAGCUGGUUUCCUUGCUUCUCUCGACAAGGCAUGCCGUGACUUCAUGAAUAGAAACAAGGCGACGGGCACAAGCGCGAGCAAGAGCCCGGAGUUGCUAGCGAUGUACGCUGACGGCAUGUUGAGAAAGAGCAACAAGAGCUCUGAGGAGGCGAGCCUGGAGGAGGGGUUGGAUCAAGUUAUGAUCGUUUUCAAAUACAUAGAAGACAAAGAUGUUUUCCAGAAGUUCUACAGCAAGAUGCUGGCGAAGCGGCUGGUGAACUUCUCUUCGGCUUCCGACGAUGCUGAGGCGAGCAUGAUCUCGAAGCUCAAGGAGGCAUGUGGCUUCGAGUACACCAACAAGCUUCAACGCAUGUUCACCGACAUGGGUCUCAGCAAGGAGCUCAACGAUCACUUCAAGGAGACGAGUAGUGAGAAGAGCGACGUCGAUUUCUACGCUCUUGUCCUCGCGAAUGGCUUCUGGCCACUCACUGCGCCAGCGUCUGAGUUCUCGAUUCCGACUGAACUUCUGCCCACUUAUACGCGCUUUGAGCGAUACUAUGGGGCAAAACAUUCAGGCCGUAAGCUGACGUGGCUGUGGCACAUGUGCAAGAACGAACUCAAGACCGACUACCUCAAGCAAAAGCACAUCUUCCAUACCAGCACCUAUCAGAGCGCCGUCCUCCUCCAAUUCAACGCCUCGGACAAGCUCACCUUUUCAGAGAUUCAGGGUGCCACGAGGCUUAAUGAUCAAGCUCUGAAGCCUGUUCUCAACGCUCUCGUCAAGAUGAAAGUCUUGCUGCAGGACGAGGACACGUACGACAUCAAUGAAGGCUUUCAAUCAAAACGAAUGCGGGUGAUGCUCAACGUGCCAAUGAAGUCGGAGCAGAAAGCCGAGUCAAAUGAUGUUAUGAAAACGGUCGACGAGGAUCGCAAGAUGCUGCUACAGGCGACCAUUGUCCGCGUCAUGAAGGCGCGAAAACAGCUGAAGCACGCUCAAUUGAUCCAAGAGGUGGUCCAGCAGGUUCAGUCGAGGUUCCAGCCGAGAAUUCCAGAUAUCAAAAAGGCCAUCGAUCAGCUGCUCGACAAAGAGUACAUUGAGCGUGUCGAAGGUCAAAAGGAUCUGUAUCAAUACCUCGCUUGAAUUUUUGUCAAUGUUGGCCCCUAUCAAACCUUUCUUCCAUCUUUGCACGUCUUCUUUCCUCUUCCCGCAUUACAUCGCCACCGUAUCGUCGCUUUCUACAUGACCACCCAUCCGCAUAUCUCUUGCGCCGUUCCCCUCUUCAAGCCACCUUGACAGAGAUGACAAUGUAACACCUUUUUGGGCCUUUUCUUGACCUUUCUCGGGCAACGCAACUAA